AUGCAGUGCUUCCGAAGGCAGCCCAAACGCAGCGCGUCCCAGGAGAACAUCCUACGGGAGCAGAGCCGUAGAGUGGCCGCGUUGAACGGCAUCAGGCUGGGCCUGAAAGAUGACAAGGAUCUGAAGUUCCUCCUGAAAGGCAGCCAGCUGCUAAAAGUGAAGUCAAGUUCUUGGAGAAAGGAGCGAUUUUAUAAGCUCCAGGAGGACUGCAAAACCAUAUGGCAGGAAUCAAAGAAGGUGCUGAGGUCCCCAGAGUCACAGAUCUUCUCCAUUGAAGAUAUUCGGGAUGUGAGGUCAGGCCAUAAAACAGAAGGUAUGGAAAAAUACGCCAAGGAUGUCCCAGAGUAUCGCUGCUUUUCCAUCAUUUUCAAAGACCAGCGGAAAAACCUGGACCUCAUCGCGAGUUCAGAGGAGGAUGCCAACCACUGGAUCUCUGGCCUUGGGAAAAUCAUAGCCCACAGCAACUCCAUGAACCAGAAAGAGAAACUCCAACACUGGAUUCAUAUCUGCCUGCGGAAAGCUGAUAAAAACAAAGACAACAAGAUGAGCUUGAAAGAGCUCAAGGACUUCCUGAAAGAAGUGAACAUUGAAGUUGAUGACUAUCAUGCCAAGAAGAUUUUCCAGCACUGUGACAAGUCCAAAACAGAGGCUCUGGAGGAUGAUGAGAUAGAGGAAUUUUACAAGAUACUGACAGAGAGGAAGGAGAUAGACAAGAUCUUCCAAAAGUACUCAGAUACAGAAGGGUUCAUGUCCUGCCAGAACCUGGUGAGGUUCCUCUAUGAGACACAGCGAGAAGAAGAUGCUGUUGUUGCUGCCCCUGCCUUAAUUCAGAGAUAUGAGCCCAAUGAAAGAGCCAAGAGGGGUAACUCCAUGACCAAAGAUGGUUUCUUGAUGUACCUGCUGUCCGAUGAUGGGAAUAUAUUCAGCUCCUCCCACCGUAAAGUUUACCAGGACAUGACUCAGCCUCUCAGUCAUUACUUUGUGUCAUCCUCACACAAUACCUAUCUCAUGGAAGACCAGCUCACAGGUCCAAGCAGCACAGAAGCCUAUAUCAGAGCCCUCACCAAAGGCUGUCGCUGUGUGGAACUGGAUUGCUGGGAUGGCCCUAACUCAGAACCCGUCAUUUAUCAUGGCUACACUCUCACCUCCAAGAUCCUCUUCAGUGAUGUCAUUAAGGCCAUCAAGAACUAUGCUUUCAAAACCUCGCCAUACCCUGUCAUCAUAUCCCUGGAGAACCACUGCAGUGUCGACCAGCAGAAGGUCAUGGCUCAGCACAUGACAACAAUCCUGCAGGACAUGCUCUUGGUUGCCCCAGUUGAUGGAAACAAAUCCCAGUUCCCCUCCCCAGAGCAAUUGAAAGGGAAGAUCCUUGUGAAAGGCAAGAAGCUGAGCAGGCAGGAGGACCCGACCGGAACAAAUGGGAACAACAACCUGGAAGCUGAGGAUGUCUCUGAUGAAGAUGAAGCAGCUGAAAUUGAAGAUGAAUCUGUAAAGACCGAGAUACAGCAGAAGGGGAAGAGUGACACCUUGAAGCUGGCCAAGGAGCUGUCAGACACAGUUGUGUACUGCAAGAGUGUCCAUUUCGAUGGCUUUGAGGACCCCAGCCACCCUCGGCCUUUCUACGAGAUGUCAUCGUUCACGGAGAGCAAAGCUCUGAAACUAGCCCAGGAGUCUGGAACCAGUUUUAUUCAUCACAACAUCAGGCACCUGAGCCGGAUCUACCCUGCAGGCUGGAGGACAGAUUCUUCCAACUACAACCCUAUCGACUUGUGGAACGUCGGCUGCCAGAUCGUUGCCCUAAAUUUCCAGACAGCAGGCACAGAAAUGGAUGUCUACCAGGGUCGGUUCCAGGACAAUGGGUUUUCUGGGUAUGUCUUAAAGCCGGAAUUCCUUCGGGAUGAGCAAACCAAAUUCAAUCCAAAAUCCAUCACAGAAGGAACAUGGGGGACAAAGAAGAAGCUUCUACUUAAAAUCAUCUCUGGUCAGCAGCUGCCCAAGGUGAACAAAAGCAAAAACUCCAUCGUUGAUCCUAAGGUAACGGUAGAGAUCCACGGUGUCCAACAGGAUAACAACAAGAAGCAGACCAAAGUCGUUGAAAACAAUGGCUUUAACCCAAAGUGGGAUGAAGAGUUUACGUUUGACAUAGAGAUCCCUGCACUUGCCCUGGUCCGGUUUGUGGUGGAAGACUUUGACAUGUCGACCAAGAAUGACUUCAUUGGGCAGUACACCCUUCCCUUCACUAGUCUGAAGCAAGGUUACCGCCACAUCCAUCUUCUGACCAAGAAUGGAGACCCAUACUCCUCCUCCACGCUUUUUGUGUACAUCAGUAUUGAGGACUGUGAUUAGCAGCUCAGAUCUUUCAGGGCACGGUGAACCUCGUCACAGACCUAGAAGGAAGUCAGUGCGGAACUCUGCCAGUGUCAGGGUCUGUCAAAUCCCUUCUCUGGAGCAGCACACGGUGCCCCAUAGGACCCCUGAUGUGAAAUAACCAUCGACCUUCUCCCUUCUGCGUGCUGGGAACAUCCUAAUGCUGCUGUUGAGAUUCAUCCUUUUGUACCUGUUCGACCAAUCCAGCGGUGUUUUUAGUUCACUGUAUUUAGUGUGGUUUUUUAAAUUCUGCUUUUAGUGAGAGGAUAGGGACUCCUUUUU